UUGGAUCUAAACAGAACAUCAAUCUUUCACAGUCCUUUUGGAUUUCUUAAUCUGCGUACAAUGUUGCUGGAUGAAUAUCAAGAGCGACUCUUCCUGGGAGGCAGGGACCUUGUGUAUUCUCUCAGCUUGGAAAACAUCACUGAUGGCUACAGAGAGAUGCACUGGCCUAGUACAGCACUAAAAACAGAAGAAUGCAUAAUGAAGGGAAAAGAUGCAAGUGAAUGUGCAAAUUAUGUUCGGGUUUUGCAUCACUAUAAUAGGACACAUCUUCUGACCUGUGGUACUGGAGCAUUUGACCCUCUUUGUGCCUUCAUCAGAGUUGGAUAUCAUUUGGGGGAGCCCCAGUUUCACCUGGAAUCGCACAGAUCUGAGCGAGGAAGGGGCAGAUGUCCUUUUGACCCCGGCUCCUCCUUCAUCUCUACCUUGAUUGGUAAUGAAUUGUUUGCUGGACUCUACAGUGACUACUGGGGCAGAGACGCUGCGAUCUUCCGGAGCAUGGGGCGACUGACCCACAUUCGUACAGAGCAUGAUGACGAGCGCCUGUUGAAAGAACCAAAAUUUGUAGGUUCAUAUAUGAUUCCUGACAAUGAAGAUCGAGAUGACAACAAAGUAUAUUUCUUUUUUACUGAGAAGGCCUUGGAGGCAGAAAACAAUGCCCAUGCAAUUUACACCAGAGUGGGGCGACUUUGUGUGAAUGACGUGGGAGGGCAGAGAAUACUGGUGAAUAAGUGGAGCACUUUCCUAAAAGCGAGACUGGUUUGCUCAGUACCAGGAAUGAAUGGAAUUGAUACAUAUUUUGAUGAAUUAGAGGAUGUUUUUUUGCUACAUACCAGAGAUCAUAAGAACCCAGUGAUAUUUGGACUUUUUAACACUACAAGUAAUCUAUUUAGAGGCCAUGCCAUAUGUGUCUAUCACAUGUCUAGUAUCCGGGCAGCCUUUAACGGACCGUAUGCACAUAAGGAAGGACCCGAAUACCACUGGUCACUCUAUGAAGGAAAAGUCCCUUACCCAAGGCCUGGCUCUUGUGCCAGCAAAGUGAAUGGAGGGAGGUACGGAACCACCAAAGACUAUCCAGAUGAUGCCAUCCGAUUUGCAAGAAGCCAUCCAUUAAUGUACCAGCCCAUAAAACCUGCUCAUAAAAAACCUAUAUUGGUAAAAACAGAUGGAAAAUAUAACCUGAAACAAAUAGCAGUGGAUCGAGUGGAAGCUGAGGAUGGCCAAUAUGAUGUCUUGUUUAUUGGGACAGACAAUGGAAUUGUGCUAAAAGUAAUCACAAUUUACAACCAAGAAACAGAAUCAAUGGAAGAAGUAAUUUUAGAAGAACUUCAGAUAUUCAAGGAUCCAGUACCUGUUAUUUCUAUGGAGAUUUCUUCAAAGAGACAACAGCUGUAUAUUGGAUCUGAUUUUGCUGUGGCCCAAGUCAGAUUCCAUCAGUGUGACAUGUACGGAAGCGCUUGUGCUGACUGCUGCCUGGCUCGGGACCCUUACUGUGCCUGGGAUGGCAUAUCCUGUUCCCGGUAUUACCCAACAGGCACACAUGCAAAAAGGCGGUUCCGCAGACAAGAUGUUCGGCAUGGAAAUGCAGCUCAGCAAUGCUUUGGACAGCAGUUUGUUGGGGAUGCUUUGGAUAAGACUGAAGAGCGACUGGCCUAUGGCAUAGAGAACAAUAGCACUUUGCUGGAAUGUACCCCACGAUCUUUACAAGCCAAAGUCAUCUGGUUUGUACAGAAAAGACGUGAAACAAGAAAAGAGGAGGUGAAGACAGAUGACAGAGUGGUUAAGAUGGACCUUGGGUUACUCUUCCUAAGGAUACGCAAAACAGAUGCUGGGAUCUAUUUUUGUCAGACAAUCGAGCACAGUUUUGUCCAUACCGUCCGUAAAAUCACCUUGGAAGUAGUGGAAGAGGAGAGAGUAGAGGAAAUGUUUAACAAAGACUAUGAGGAGGACGGGCCUCACAAGAUGCCUUGUCCUGUCCAGAGCAGCAUCCCACAGGGAGUAAAACCAUGGUACAAGGAAUUCUUGCAGCUGAUUGGUUAUAGCAACUUUCAGAGAGUGGAAGAGUACUGUGAAAAGGUAUGGUGCACAGAUAAGAAGAGGAAAAAGCUUAAAAUGUCACCCUCCAAGUGGAAGUAUGCCAACCCACAGGAAAAGAAGCUCCGUUCCAAACCUGAGCACUAUCGCCUGCCCAGGCACACGCUGGACUCCUAAUGGGGUGAAACCAUCUACUGGCUUUUGAAGAAUUUCUAUUUGGAACUUUAAAAAGUUAUGAGAUAUCAUCUAACUUCUUUGCAUUACUUAAAAUAGGUUUCUGUAAUACAGAAAUGGCUGUAAAUGUGUUAUGGUAAAUUAUUCUACAUAUUCAUUUGA